AUGAAGGAGGCGAGUGGCCGACAUAAAGACAAGGAGAGAAGGAGUCGACUCAGCCUUUUCCUCACCAAGUCCGGCUCUCAUGAAAAUGUCAGUCCUCAUAAGAAAACCACUACAGCAUCCAGAAACAUCUCAGCAGAAGCCGUGUCGAAAUGGAGCAACAGCUUUGAAGACGUUAUGAAGGACUCAGAUGGAGUGGAAAUCUUCUCCCAGUUCCUCAGGUCUGAGUUCAGCGAGGAAAACAUGGAGUUCUGGUUGGCCUGUGAGGAUUUCAAAACUAUUGACUCGGACACAAAGCUUCUCUCCAAAGCCAAAUAUAUCUACACAGUUUUCAUUGAGUCAGACGCUCCGAAAGAGGUCAACAUCGACUAUGGCACCAAAAUGGCCAUUGAGCAGAGCAUCGCUAAGCCCACAAAGAGCUGCUUUGACGCUGCACAGAAGAAAGUGUUCAGCCUGAUGCAGAAGGACUCGUACCCCAGAUUCCUGCACUCUGACAUGUAUGUGCAUCUGACGCAGAGGGGGGUCCGCGGGGCUCCCAUGUUCCGCCGGAGGUCACGGUCCUGUGUGUUCAAUGAGAGAGGUGAAGCCACAUCUGAACCCUCGGCCUGGUAG